UAAAGAUAAUAAAAAUAAAUUAAGUUAAUAAUUUAGUUAGUUAUUAUUCAAAAGAUUAUGACAUAGCAAAUAACUGUCUGUUGCAGAGAGUUUAUUAAAUUCAUAUGCUGCAUAACGAAUGACUUUUAAAAUAUGAAGAUGGCGAUAGAAAAAGAUAAUUAUGAAGAGUUUAUAGCAUUUUUUGAAAAAAAUAAAGUUAAUGUUUAAGAUUAUGAAGAAGAUACUGGAAAUAAUCCUCUUCAUCUUACUGUAAAAGCUAACCGUUAUGAUAUGGUUGAUUAUUUGCUGACGAAAUACGAAUCAUUAGAAAAAGAAGAUAAAAAUUUUGAUGGAGAUACAGCAUUAAUGUUAGCAGUCCUCUAUAGUGACUUAAAAAUGGUUAGAUUAUUAGUUGAAAAAGGAAAUGUUGAUAUAAAUUGCAAAGAAAGUGAAGGAUUUACCCCAUUUAUGGCAGCUUGUGCAAAUGGAAAACUAGAAAUAGUGGAGUACCUGAUGAAUAGAAAUUGUAAAAUAUAUUCAAAGAAUUAACAAGGAUAAACUGCUAUUCAUAGAGCGGCUUUUUAUGGUGAAGUAUAGGUUAUAAGAUCAUUGCUUAAAAACACAAAGCUUUAACUGACUUCUAGAGAUUCUAGAGGAAAUACUUGUCUGCAUUUUGCUGCUAUGAGGUUAAAUAUGACUUGCUUUCGUUAUAUUUUAAAAAAACUAGGAAGUUAAAAAGAUAAUGAAUUAGCUAAAAAAAAUCAGGAAGGUUUAACACCAGUUUAAGUGCUAAUAAAAUCUUUUAACCUAAUUAAAAAAGAUGAUAGAGUAAUAAAUGAAGCUGAAGUUGAAGAAUAUAUUUUAAAUAAAAAUAAACCUCCUCCAUAUUUAUAUGAAUCAUUAAAAGAAUAAAAACCGACUCUAUUUAAUAAGGUAGAUUAGUAGAAGGAGUAACUUAUUUAAAAAUAAGUUAAUGGCUAACCUCUAACAUCCAAAUAAGUUAUAAACGAUAACAAUAUAGAUUAAUAGUAGUAUUAAGAUUAAUAAAAUUAAUAGCUAAAUCUAUCUAAAAAAAAUAUUAAUAUAAAUGACAACUAAAUUUAAGAAUAAGAAUUGUAAAACUUCAUCCCAUCAGCCUCCCAUAUUUAAGAUAAUUAAAAGUUAUAAAAUGCUAAUGAAUAGCAGUAAUAAAAACCCUAAGCAGAUAUAGAUGCUACAGAAACAAACAACCUUCGACCUAUAGCCUUAAAAUCUCCAAUAUAAGGAGAUAGCAUUAGUUUAUUUAAUUCUGGUAUGGUAAAUCCUAAUUAUCCACAAAAUGAAUUAAUUAAUGAAACUAAUUAGUUAAAUCAGGAGAUUUAGUAAAAAACUUUAUCAUAAAGAAGAAAAAAUUACUUUUCUAAAAUAAGUCUAAAAAACAUAAAUUAACUUUCAAAGAAAAAUGUUUGAUCUUAUUUCAAGGUUUAAAAACCUUCUAAUUUUAUUUUUAUUUCUAAAUAAGUAAGUUAGUAAUAAAUUCGUUUUAUAAAUAAAUAAAUAUAUCGUAUGUUUAUUAAUAUUUUAAUAAUAAUUUGCAAUUCAACGAAUA